AUGCCAUCGACGGGUAUUUGUUUAGAUGUCGCCAUCGAUCAUCGCAUCCGGCAGCUGCUUAAGCCAAGACCUAAUACAAAGGUGAAUUCUUUAUACAGCAACCACGUGGAAAAGCUUCAAGAAUUGCGUCCAUUCGUCCAUAGGAGGCGCGAUGCUUCUCAUGAGUUGCUAGUCACAGAAGAGCUCGCGAAACCUCUUACCCAAGGUGGAAUUGCCGUGGCUUUACUGCGGCCGGCCAAUUAUCAUCCAUUCUCAAGCGGUGUUGAUGUCGUUGUUGAAAAGUCUCCCACCCUGCGAGCGCUACGGGAUGUAUUUGCGCUCAUCGGCCUAGACUUGGUUCAGCACAUCACAAUUCUAGACUCUCUUCCGUUUUUGCGGAAAAUGGAUCAAUAUUCUUUGUUCGGAGACGACGAAGAAUAUACGAGAGCUCUCAAUGAGCAUCAUGAAGUGUUUCUGGACGCGGUGGUGGCCAAGCGCCCGGAUGUCGUACUUUGCAUGUGGCAGACCCGAGACGAACUUCAAUGCAAUUGGUCUGGGCGUGCUCUUGGGAGCAUAGGUGUUGGUGAGGUGUUCGAUGAUGAAAAGACAACUCUAUGUGAUCGCCAUGGAAAUCUGAUCGAAACAAAAAGAGUCAAUGCCUUUCACCCGAGCCACUGUAUGAAUUAUGUUUGUGAGUAUAGUCAGCUCAGACAGUUGCUUAUCCUUGAAAUUGCACACGCAUGGCAUUUAAUGGAUUCAAGCUGGCAGGAAGAGCCCUGGAUGACAGGGCUAAGGAAUAGCUGGAAGAAAAAGAAGAUUCAUCCAGAAGGUUUCAAGACACCAUUGAAUGAGUUAUAUGCCGAAGCUGUGACCGAGAUACAAAACCUACUCCCAGAGCUAAAAUCAGGUCACGAGAGCUCUGAGAAGCUGUACGAUAAGCUGACCAAGGCCAAUUGGACACAGCACAUUAAUGAUGCAUCUCUCUGUCUCAGGGCAGCUUCUAAAAAGCUCAAAAAACUAUCUCGCAACAAAGACAACGUCGAGUUUCAUCACACAAUUAGCCCCCAGGGAGACAUGGUCAGUCGGACCAUGGGGCUUGUUAUGGACCUCGCUAUGAAGCUCGCGAGUCCGGGAGUAAUGAUGAAGCCAAGGAUGUUCCAAGGCAGUGGCUUCUUUUCCGAAAGCUUUUUAGAAUAUCUCCGCCAUGAAAAGACUCAAAAAAGACAAUGUUGGUUUCGAAGCUCUGCUCUCAAAAGAGGUUUGGUCGAUUUCCUACUGGAGCUUAACGACGCCUUCUCUGACGCAGAUGCCGGAGGCCCAAUUCGACUACAAAUGUCCCUUGGAAAAGCUUCCGACGCAUUUUUAACAUUGGCGAACAAAAUGGAGGGAUUGCUGAGCACUUUGGCUGGGUAUCCGGAACAAGAGCAGCCACUUGAAGACGAGGCCGAACAAGAGGUCAACCCAGACCCAGAUGUGGCCAGCGCCGAAUUGAUCCAGCGACUUCGAGAUUUGGGAAUUUUGCACUAAACAAAGCGAGCUACCCAUAUACUGUAUACAACC